UCCACCAAUAAAUAACAGAAGAAGACAAGGUACUAAAGCAGAGAAAGUAUCCCUGUUGUCAGUUCGCCAUCCAGCUGUCACCCACAAAACAACACGGAGUUUGGAACGAUGGCUCUGACGUCAGGAGACUCAUUCGACCGCAUCUUCCUCGCAGACAACAGGUUCCAGGCGGAGGGGUACCGGGAGGGCUUCGACGAGGGGACCCGCCUGGGGAUGCUGGAGGGGCGGACGCACGGCGCCUCCCACGGGGCCCGGGUCUGCGCUGAGGUGUCCUUCUACUACGGGUUCGCUCUCACAUGGAAAUGUCUCCUCGAUAAUAAGAUGGAUGCCAAGUCGAGGAAGCACCUGAAGUGUGUUGACGGCCUGAUGUCGAUGAUCCAGCCCUUUCCGUACGAAAAUCCCCAGGCUGAAGGCCUUCUGGAGAACAUGCAGAAGAUCAGAACCAAGUUCAGACAGGUGUGCUCCGUGAUGAGUGUUCCUACAGACUUCAGCGACUACACGCGCGGCUCCAGCCAAAUGUCCUUCUGAGGGGUCACUGGUCCUGGAGCUCAGUGGUCAGACGGACGCCUGCUGGAUUCUCCUCAUGAGCAGGAGGCAGGGCGGUGUCCGUUGGAGUGUCUCGCGGUGGCGGCCAUUCUGCGAUGGCUGCUGCCGGUUGGACGACAGCGGGGUCGUGUGACGGCCUGUGAUGGAUUAUAAGGUUUAACGUGUGAAAUGUUUUCACCUUUUAUCCGAGGGCGUGUUUCUCAUACUGGUGUGUAUGCAGAGCAAGACACUUCUCCAGGUUGAGUUCAGCCCAGUACAGCGUUACGGCUGAAACAGUACUCUGUGAGGACAUUUUGGAUUGAUUUCAGUUUUUUGUAUAUUCAACAAAUAUCAAUAAAGACUGAAUUGAAAACA